ACAAAAGGGGAGCAGGAGAAGGAGGAAGAGGAAGAGGCUCGGAAGCCUGAGCGAGGCUGCGCUCUUGUUCCUGCUGCUGCUCCCCUCGGCUGCAGGGUGGCUUUCUCCCGAGCCCGGAUUCAAGCUGUUAUGAAAACACAAAUAAGAAGGAUGUAUCACACAUUAGGUAUUAAAAAUUAGGAAACCAAGUCACUGGAAUUUUAUUGUACCAUGGAAGAAAUACCAGUGAGAGUUGCAGUAAGAGUCAGACCUCUGCUUUGCAAAGAAAUUCUUCAUAAUCACCAAGUAUGUGUGAGAUUGAUUCCAAAUACCCAGCAAAUUAUCAUUGGGAAAGAUCGCAUCUUUACUUUUGAUUUUGUGUUUGGCAAAAAUUCAACCCAAGAUGAAGUUUAUAGUACCUGUAUUAAACCUCUGGUUGCAUCAUUGAUUGAGGGAUAUAAUGCUACAGUUUUUGCCUAUGGACAGACUGGAUCUGGGAAGACAUACACCAUUGGAGGAGGCCACAUUGCAUCAGUUGCGGAGGAUAAAAAAGGUAUCAUUCCACGUGCCAUCCAAGACCUAUUUCAAAGCAUUUCUGAAAAUAGCAGCAUUGAUUUUAACAUAAAAGUAUCUUACAUAGAAGUCUAUAAGGAAGACCUCCGAGAUCUGCUAGAAUUGGAAACAUCAAUUAAAGAUUUACACAUCAGAGAAGAUGAAAAAGGAAACACAGUGAUUGUUGGUGCCAAGGAAUGUUCAGUGGAGAAUGCAGAUGAAGUGAUGAGUCUUUUGGAAAUGGGUAAUGCAGCUCGUCAUACAGGUACUACACAAAUGAAUGAGCACUCUAGUAGAUCUCAUGCUGUUUUCACAAUCAGCAUUAGUCAACAGGAUUUUGCACCAUGUCGGAAGAGUAUGGAAAUGGCUCAAGAUAUAUCUCAGCAAUCUGCUCGACAAAUUGUUUCAAAAUUCCACUUUGUGGACCUGGCUGGAUCAGAAAGAGCAACUAAAACUGGGAAUACAGGAGAGCGAUUCAAAGAAUCCAUUCAGAUCAACAGUGGAUUACUGGCUUUAGGAAAUGUAAUAAGUGCUCUUGGAGACCCACGAAAAAAGGGCACACACAUCCCAUAUAGGGAUGCUAAAAUUACCAGAAUCCUAAAAGAUUCCCUGGGAGGCAAUGCUAAGACUGUUAUGAUAACAUGUAUCAGCCCAUCAUCCUCUGAUUUUGAUGAAUCUUUAAAUUCUCUCAAAUAUGCUAACCGAGCACGGAAUAUCAGAAAUAAGCCUAUCGUAAAUUACAACCCUGACUGGGACAGGAUGGAUGAGAUGGAAUUUGAGAUAAAACUGCUUCGAGAAGCUUUGCAGAGUCAACAAGCUAGUACCCUGAGCCAGACUACCCAACUUUCCCAGGAUGUGAACAGAGAUAAGAGUCGGAUCCAUUCUCUUGAAGAGCAAGUAGCCCAGCUUCAAGGCGAAUGUUUUGGUUACCAAAAUUGUAUUGAAGAGGCCUUCACCUUCUUGGCUGACCUAAAAGAUGUUGUUAACUUAACUCAAAGUCAGCAGCACAGAUUACAAGAAUGGUUCAACAUGACCCAGGAGAUGAAGAAGGACAUUUCUAACCCAUUCAAAAGUAACCAAGGAAUUGGCCAUGUCCAAGAUGGACCACAUCACAUUACAGUUCUCCAACUGAAGAGGGAACUUAAAAAAUGCCAGUGUGCUCUAGCUGCUGAUGAAGUAGUAUUCAAUCAGAAAGAAUUGGAGUUGAAGGAAUUACAGCAUCAGAUGCAAACGAUGACACAGGAAAACAAAGAACAUUUGCUGUCUUUGAAAGAGGCACAAAAAGUGAAUAGAUUACAGAAUGAUAAAAUAGUAGAACAGCAACUUCUUGUUAACCAACUGAAUGAAGAACUCAUGAAGCUUAACAUGUCCAUAGCCUCUGUAUCUAAGGGAACUUGUGGAGAUGGACCAGAUACAAAGAUAUCAGAAAAGAGGCCAUACACUGUGCCACUUGAUAAUAGUUUUGGACAUUAUAUUUAUGUCCCAACAUGGCCAGAUGCCCGAAAGGUCCACACAAGCCCUCCUAUGUAUUCACUUGAUCGAGUGGUAGCUGGAUUUCGAACCCGAAGUCAAAUGCUAUUGGGUCAUAUAGAAGAACAAGAUGAAGUCCUUCAUUGUGAGUUUUCUGAUAAUAGUGAUGAAGAAGAUACAGAAAAUCAAGAAAAACCUGGAUAUCGAACAUCUAGAAAUCUUAGAUGGAUUCGAAAGCCAACCUCUAUUUGUUCUCUUCUGGACAUGAGUGAUAUUCCAAGUCAAAAACAACAGUCAGGUUUGCAGAAUGAAGGCCCACAACCUACAGAAAGUAUAUCAGGUAUAAAGGUUGAAUGUCUUCAGGAAAGUCAGGUAUUAAACUUGCAAAAAUUAAAGAACUCAGAACUCAGACUCACAGAAGCUAAGCAAAAAAUGAGAGAACUUACAAUCAAUAUCAAGAUGAAAGAAGAGCUCAUUAAAGAAUUAAUUAAAACAGGUAAUGAUGCCAAAGCUGUAAGUAAACAGUAUUCUCUGAAAGUAACAAAACUGGCACAUGAAGCAGAACAGGCCAAAGUGGAACUAACUGAAACACAGAAGCAGCUACAGGAGCUGGAAAACAAGGAUCUGAGGGAUGUUGCUUUGAAGCUGAGAUUACAGAAGGAGUUCCGGAAAAAGAUGGAUGCAGCAAAACUAAAAGUGCAGGUCUUGCAGAAGAAGCAGCAGGAUACUAAGAAACUAGCAUCACUGUCUGCCCAAAAUGAGAAACAAGCUUCUGAACUUGAACAGAAUGUAGAUCAUAUGAAAUAUCAGCAAGCACAGCUGCAAAAGAGACUUCGGGAAGAAAAUGAAAAAAAGAAGCAAUUAGAUGCAGAGAUUAAGCGGGAUCAACAAAAAAUCAAAGAGCUUCAGUUAAGGACAGAGCAACAAGAAAAGAUGCUAAAAAUGAAAUCUGAGGAGUUUGAUGCAUUUAGGAGGAGAAAACAAAAGAGUCCAUUUGGAAAUAUAGACCAGCUCCAGAAACUGGACGAACAAAAGAAGUGGUUAGAUGAGGAAGUAGAAAGAGUUCUUCAUCAACAUCAAGAAUUAGCCGAGCUGGAAGAAGACUUAAAGCAAAGAGAGGCAAUUGUUUCUAAGAAGGAAGCAUUGUUACAAGAGAAGAGCCACUUGGAAAACAAGAAGUUACGAUCUAGUCAGGCUUUAAACAAAGAUAGUUUGAAAAUAUCAACUCGCCUGAACUUGUUGGACCAAGAGUUGGCUAAUAAAAGCAUGCAGCUCCAGAGCAUUCCAGCUGAGGAGCAAAUAAAGAUUUCAGAAGAAGUCCAGGCUCUUCAGAAAGAAAAAGAUCAGCUACAAAGAAGAAGAAAUAGUGUCGAUGAGAAACUUAAAAAUGGUAGAAUGUUAUCCCCUGAAGAAGAACAUCUUCUUUUCCAGCUUGAAGAAGGGAUUGAAGCACUGGAAGCUGCAAUUGAUUACAAAAAUGAAAGCAUCCAGAGUCGUCAGCAUUCACUUAGAGCCUCAUUCCAUAUCCUGACCCAGAGUGAGGCAAAUAUUAUGGAAAAACUGAUUUGCCUGACUCCUGCUGAGAUCAGAGCUAUCCUUUACAAAUACUUCAACAAGGUGGUUAGUUUGCGAGAAGCUGAACGUAAACUAAAUUUAGAAAAUGAAGAAAUUAAAAUGAAGGUUCAGGAACAAGACAACAAGAUUCGUGAACUGGAGUCUGCAUUAGAGCACCUCAAGCUGCAAAAUGACAGACAGCUAACCCUUCAAUGGAAAGAGCACGAACAAAAGAUGCAGUUACUCUUGCAGUAUUUCAAAGAGCAAGAUGGAGAAAGUAUUGUGGACAUCUCAAAGAUCUAUGAGGAAAAAAUUCAACUGCUAGAAAAAGAUCUUUAUUUCUAUAAGAAAACCAGCAGAGAACUAAAAAAGAAGCUUAAGGAGUUAGGAGAAGAAGCACCUCGGCAGCAACCAAUUGGACAUAAUGAAGUUAAAGAUGGAAACCUGCCUCAAGAGGAAGCAAGUAUCUUUCCAGAAGAAUUCAAGUGGGCAUCCAGAACUGAAAAUAUCAAAUCCUUUGGAAAAGUAAAAGAAACAGAAAGCCCAGCAAGUAGCUUGAGAACACAACCAAAUCCACAUAAGUUUUGGGAAGAUGUUUCUGAAGUAACUCAGACAUCAAGCUCUUUGGCACAAAGUGGGCACUUAUUAAUCAAUGAAGAUAAAACAGAAACCAAUGAAAAUCAGUUAACAAAACCUCACACUCAACUGUUAUCUCAACCUCAGACAACUGUAAACGUGACACAGCUACCAGGGGUAACCCCUGUAAAAUUAUGUCGCCGAGAGUUACGUCAGAUUUCUGCUUCAGAAUUGUCAUUACGACGCUCCAAUCUUGGAGCUGGGGUUGGGUCAAUGGUUGCUGAUUCAAUUGAAGUUUCCAGGAAAUCCACUGACCUAAAGACUUAGACAUUUUUAUUUAGCAUAAGUGACGCUGUUUUUUAAUAGAUGUAUAAAUAUCUUCCCUUUUUCUAUAAUAUUAUAAAAACAAGUUAAUAAGUUCUGUCUUUUGGGAAGGGCAGAAAUAUGUAGAUUCUUUUACAUAUCCCAUACCCCUUUACCUUUUUAUCUUGUGCUUGGAGACUCUGAAUUCACAUUUUCACUGUAAUUUCACAAAGCACAGGAUUUGUUUUGUCUUUUUUUUUUUCUGUUUUAAUAUGCAAACAUUUUGAAUGUUCAUCUUUUUCCAGAAACUAAGCCACUAAAAGCUAACCAAAGUAUAAUAUCAUUUAAAAGAUGGUUCAGAAGGUAUUUCAAUUUUAAAAUUAAUAUUAUAUGUUAGGGAUAAAGCCAAUUACUAUUUAUGAUCUAGAAGCUUGCAUCCAAAUGAAAACUGGCUUUCCUGUCUGCAAAAGACCUAAAGCAAUUUUAGACAAUGGAAGGCACUCUAGAUUUUAAUUAUUUUAAAGGGUUUAAGUGGAUUUCAGUUUUUGGCAUCCUACUCUUCAUUUUUUAACCAUGUAUUCCUUUCCUUAAAUUAUUUUAUUGUCAUUUAUUAUGUUUAUACUAAACGUGUUCCAUGACUUGUUUUUCCCUGUAUUCCUUAUUUAUGCCAGUAGGGCUAGGAGGGAUAGAUUCACAGAAAGCUGUAAAAGAUGCAAAAAUAUAUUCUGUGUAGCAGUAAAAUAAUAGCAAUAUAAUACUAUGUAACAGUUGAAGGAAAAGAGCAACGGGGUAGGAUAUGAUUAAAUUGUUUAGAGAAAUAUUACAAUUUCUUUUUAGCUAGAAAAAGACAAUUAACAAUCUUAGUUCAUCCUCCUAAUCCUAGAAUUAAGAUCUUUUUUGUUUUUGAAUCCACCCCAAUAUCUUUUUUUAAUCCACCUCUUCUUAUUUGUAAAUAGGCAGGUUAGAUUGAAUUUGGGCAUAGAUGUAUAUCUAGACUGUAAGAUGUGAAAGAGAAUUCUGUUAAACGUUGUUCAAAAAGUUAAAGAAUUUUACUCAAGGAAUUGUAUAUAACGUUCACUUCAAGUUUAGAAUUAAGAGCUAAAGAUUGAUUUAACCAACAAUAUAGACUUUGUACUUUCUCAGUGCAUUUUAUGUUUUUCCAUAUUCAAUCACAGGCCACAUCCCAGUAAAGUGAAUGUCAAAGGGAUCAUGCUUAAAUUGCUUAUAGUGAAUAUUACUGUAUAUACACAAAAUGUUGACUAGAUCCUAACAAGCAUUAUUUUUAGCUGAUAUUUUUGUUAUAAUGGUUUUAACUACAGUGGUUUUAACUACAGAUUUGACCUGUACUUUUAUUUUACUCUCAUCUUUGCAAUAUCAAUGCUAUUUUAUUACUUUUAAAAAGAUUCCUACUCUUCAAUAUUGAUAGUUUUGCAAGUCAUUGAUUUUCUAUAUAUUACAUUCACAUAAUUUAAAUACAUUUGUGACACUAAAACAAAAUAAGAGAAAAUAUUAUGUCAAUACAUGGAAUUCUGCAUUAUUAUUACAGUAGUCUUAUUUGGAAAGCACCCAACAAUUUAUAAAUAUUACCUUGUUUACAAACAAUAUUUCUAGCCAGGGACUUACCUGUUUCACAUUUACCCAAAUAUGGUGACUACUUUCCUUUCUUACCAGCCUGGCCUCUGAGAGAAAUGCGACUUCCUAGCUAUUACUGAUACUAUUCAAUGUCUCCAUUUUCUAUUUUCCUUUCACUGUCUCUAGCCUAGUCCUAGUACCACCCAAGCCACAAUUCAGUACUCAAAAUUUAAACUCUUUCCUACUGUGCUUGUGCUGUUGGCCUUAGACUAACUCCAUGCAGCUUAAGAUCCCUGGGGGUUUUGUACCCAUCACCUAUACCAGUAGAUAUAGAAAAGGGAAAAGGAAGUUUGCUCAAUAUUGCAUAUAGAAAGAAUUAUAACAUGGACUAAGUUUUCCUAUCAAUACAACAUUCCAAAAUACAACAUUCCAAAAGUACUAUUAGCCUUAUAAUAUAUCUAGUUUAGCUAAGCUAUAGGUUUAGUAAUAACCUCUUGUGGAUUUGCCUUGGAAUCUAAACAUUCUAUAAUAUAGUUUUUGUGAGGUAAGUGUGUUUGGGACAUAUAAAUAGUCAACUUGGGGCACAAAACUUGGACUGACUUCAGAUAUAUCCCAAGUUUUUAGUUGGAACAAAAGAUUGAUGCCUUUAACAAGGGACAACAUUUAGUAAUGUCCAUCAAAACCUUUGCAAUUCAAUUGUGAUGGAUAAUUAUUUGCAACAUUAAAUAGGACCUUUUUCUUUAACUCUGUAUUUAAGUGAAUUAUGGCUUGAAUGGCUAGUCAUUAAUAAGGAAUUAUAUGUAAGCUGAAAGUCCCUUGUGUUUUUUUCCAAUCUCUUAUAAAAAGUUUAUAAAGGUAGAUUGACACUGCUUUCAAAGCGAAAGGUUUUUCACAGCAGUGGUGGUUAGUAUUCUCUGUAUUUACUUCUGCUAAGACACUAUCAAUACUUUAUAGUACCUGUUGUUACUGAUUCUAUUGUGCUGAUAACUAAAUAAAGACUAAAUUGACUUAAUGCAAAGUAAUAGUGAUUAGAGUUGACAAUUGAAAUAUUAAGAACACCCUAAGAAUUUCUCCCUGUUACUUUAAAUUAAUUCUAUUCUGAUAGAAUUAAUUACUUAUGUAGACAUUCUUUUUGAAGAGAUGUCAUUAAAAAGGCAAAUGUAAAAUAAAUUGCCUUUAUUCCUUAUAUUCAGGAGACCAAUAAAACACACUUUUUAUACACAGAGCCAUAUAAAUGUAGGAAUUAAGAUAGAUUAAAAAUUAACCUUAUGACCUCAAGUAUACAACAGAAAGAACAAGGUACCUCCAAAAAAAACCAAAUAAAAUUUUCUUUACAUCCAUUAAAAUGAAACUUGACUUUAAAAAAUGUUUCCCUUGGGGGGGAGGGGUCAAGUCUGUGUAGCUGUGUCACUAUUUCCUAUAUGUGUCAAUUCAGUUUUACAACCAUUUUAACUGUCUGCUAAAUGCCAGAAAGGUUCCCAGGGAAAUUAAAAUGCAAAAGACGAUGGGAUAGAAAGAUGUAAAUACAAAAAUUUAUAAAAGAAAUAAAUUCUGAUGGGGUAAAUGGAGCUCAAAGAACUGGGACCUAACAACAGGAAAGGUCAAGAUCUUGUAGAGAGCCAAGCCUUAAAGGAACUUAUGAUUCCAAAAGGUGAGAGAGAAUGGUCUAGGCAUGGAGAAAAGAAAUAUAGAAUGUCAUGUAUGGCCAGUUUAUAUAGAAUGCAAAGCAUGUGAAGGGGAGUAAAAUUUUUGCAUGUGUUGGUACUUUUAGGGACCAAAAGUUCCUUCUAAGUUUUUUGCUCCAAAUAAUGAGAGAAGUAAAGCUCUUCUGGGAGACACUGAAAUUAUCAAUAGUAAACCCAGAUAAUUUAGAUCAGAAGACAGAAGUUUUGUGCAAUGUGUAUACAAGAUGAUUUGGAAAACAGAUUUUAUCAGGUUUAUCUUCCCUCCUCUCUCCCCCCCCCCCAGUAAAAACAAUCUCAUUUAUACUAACAUAUUAAGAUAGCAUCAAGAACUAGUCUUAGAAUCAAGAGGACCUUCCUUCUGAUGUACGGUAGUUAUAUGAUCAAAGGCAAGUGACUUGCAAAUCUCUUAAAAACUACAAAUUAAAGAUGAAUUGUCUCCCUUAGUAAAAAGUUUUUUCACAUUAGUUCUACUCCCCUCAUCCAUUCCCUAGCACAAAGCUAGAUAGGCAGGCAGGCAAACAGACAUGGACAAAGAUAUCUAUAUGUAUCCAUAUAUAUCUAUAUAUCUAUAUCUAUCUAUCUAUAUCUAUCUAUCUAUCUAUCUAUCUAUCUAUCUAUCUAUCUAUCUAUCUAUCUAUAUAUAUAUAUAUAUCUUAGCCUCAGGACACUCUUAGUCCUAACUGCCCUUGCUUUAGACAGCUGAGGAGGUUCCAUCAGGGGAAACACCAAAGGCCAGGGUUACCUUCAUCCCUUAUUAGCAGGUUUAAUCUGCAAACAUUCCCACAUGUCCUCUUUACAAAUACUUCCCCGACCCUUUGUUCCCUCCAGUUCUUCCAGUCUCUGAUCAGAGUCAUGGGUUGCCGUUUCCUUCCCACACAUCGUCCUGAUCCCUACACUCCUGUCCUAUGCCCCUCUACCACUUGUAACUUGUAUCCCCUCUCCCUGUAUAUUAACAACCCCCCUUCCUUCUAGCUCUGUUCUUUUUCUGACACUCCCUACCAUCCCAUACUCCCAAGGAAGAAGCAUACUUUUGUUCUGUCCCCUCCUCUCCACUAAUACCCCUUCCAGACUUCCUCGGAUCAUUUGGCUACUCUUCCUCAUUUGAAAUCCAUGCCACCUGAUAUAUGCAAUGACAUCAUCCUUUCCUGGCUUCUUUCUGCUCUGAUCUCUAGAUCCUUUUCUCCUUCCUCAAUAAAUUCCUUUAUCUAACCAUAGUUUUCUCUAAUCCAUGAACUCAGAUGGUAGCUUCUUCAGUAUCCAGGCUGAUCAUCAAACAAGAUGGCCAAACUCUUCCAUGUGUAUGAGCCUGAAUGCUAAAAUUCAUGUUCUAUUAUUCUUCCACAUUUCACUUUCUUCCCUUCAUUGUCUCAUCCUUCCAUUUAACCAAUUUCAUAUUCUCAUGUUCUAACUUCAAAUGAAUACGUCAACUCACAAGCCUUUUAUUAAGCUCUAUUAGAUGCAUCACCCUCCCUACAGGGUCUACAGAAUCUCAGAAUUGGAGGGAAUAUGAGGCUUUUCUAGUACAACACAGAUCUGAACAGGAAUUUGCUCUACAACAUUCCUAAUAAGGACCCUAAAACUUAUCCCUCUUUCCAGUCUUUUCCAUUUGGUGGUACUAAAAAUGACCACUUGGCUACAAAAUGUAGGUGUUCUCUAUGGCUCUCCCCUUCUCCCCUUAUUACCAAGGAUUCUAUAUCCUUGAUCAAAAUUGCAUCUACUUCACUCCAUUCACAUGACCGUUCCACUUCAGGGCCUCAGCAUAUUUUUCCUGGACAACUAUAAUUCCUUUCUAAUUGUUCUCUAUCUCUGGCCUUUUUCCUCUCUAAAUCUUCAGACAGCUGCCAAAAUAAUCUUAACUAAAGCACAAGUCUGACCAUGUUUUUCCUCUGAGUUAGUUCCCCAUUGCCUGAGAAUAAAAACUAAACUCUUCAGUCCAACACUUAAAAGUUCUCCCCACUCUGCCUCCAAAUUAUUUUUCCAGAAUUUUUUUACCUUUAUGUACCACGUUCCAGGAUAACUGGUUUUUUUCUCCAAAUUUGACAUCCUGUCACUUUGUCCGGGAUGUCUCUGACACAUGGAAACACAUACCUUCCUCUGAAAUUUUCCCUCAUUUCCUCCAUGUGAAAAUGUUAUUUAUCUCCUCGAUGUUGUUUGCAUCUUUCUUGUGUUCCUAUUACAUAACCACAUGCUUUCCCAUGCCUAUGGUCUGAUCUCCCCAAUCUUGAUAAAAGCUUCCCAAACAAAGAAAUGGUGACAUUUUUAAAAAAUCUUUUCUAUCCCUGCUGCUUAACAUUCUCAUCUUUAUGCACAUGGUAGGAGCUUAAUGUCUGUUGAAGUAUGUCAUGUUUUUUUCAACGGUUAAUCUUACAUAAGAACUUAUGAUGAUUUAUCUUGAAUGCAAUUUAAGUAAUUUUGUAUUAAGCAUAAAAAUGAGUUUUAAAAUUAUAUUACUAUAUAAUUACUAUAUACACAAUUCUACUUUCAAUUCAUGUGAAUUUUUUCUCAUAUUUGAUACAAAGCCAGUCACAUUUGAAGUUAUAUUAAAAUAUGGAAAUUUCCUUGAAUAGUACGGCUAACAUGGAGGCAUUCACUCUGAACAAAUACUAAGAAUUCAUUAUAUUUGUAUCUGACACAUAGUAGGUGCUUAAAUGCUUGAUGAUUGAGAAGCAAAUGUAGGAGAAACUAACAAAGACAAUAUAAAUUUGUAGAAAAAAUCUGGAAGGUUUAUUCAUAAAAUACAUGUUCAGGAUUGAGUAUCAAAUACUGAAGCGCAGUAGGGUUGUUUUUUUUUUUAAUUGCUAUCCUGUCUUGACCCCAAUGGUGGAAGGUUAUGUGGGAAGCAGGCAGAGCAAUGUCUUCUUAUACAAAAAGAGUUACAGUGAAAUAAAAGCUUAUGUAGAAUCCUUACUUUCUAUUAAAUUUUGCCAUCAAAGAUUGUUCCUUACUUAUGACCUUUGUAUGAAAAAUAUGCAUAUAUACACAAAGUUGCAUUUGUGUUUAAAAUACUGGCAAUUUAUUAUGUCCAAAUGAUUAAACUUUGGCAUUAUAUUUUCCUUUUUAAUAUUUAAAUAUGUAGCUCUAUUCAUUAAUACAUAAUGUACUGUAAAGCCAAAUAUGACUGACAGAGUACAAUUGAUCGAAGAUUGGCCUUGAAAUUAGGAAGACCUUCAUAUCCUACCUCUGACCUAUAUUAGCAUAUGAUCAUAGGCAAGCCCUAUUAAUCUUUCAGUGCCCUCCAAGCAAUUCUCUUUAUAAAUGACAAUUGUAGAUCUACAUCAAUGGAGGGAGUUUCCAUACCAAGAGUUUCAUAUAUUAAUGAAAUCAAAGAACAAGAUUUUUUUUAAAGAAAAAUAGAGUAAAACCCUGUUAUAAUAACAUUAAUGUUGAGAUUUAUAAGAAUAAUUUGUGUCAUAUAGUUUCCUUGUUAUGUUCCUAUCUUAUAUCAAAUAAAUGCAAAGGACAUAAAAUAUGUUUUAUUAAAUAUUUAUAUAUCCAAACCUUUAGAACAGUGAAACAAUUUAUUAUAGGAUUUUAUUGUAUAUGUAACUCUUAGACAUGUUAAAAUUUUGAUAUUUGGUAUUUGAUGAUGGUUAUAUAAAUUAAUAAAAUGGUAUAUGAAAUAGUUUUAAAGAACACUUUUCUCAUAGGGAGAGUUAUUAUUUAUCACUUCAAAAUUGGUUCAUUUUGCAUGUCCAAACUUGGUAAUGUUUUGUUAAUAAUUACUUUUAUGUACCUAAUUUUUUUCUCUUAGAACAAAUUAUUUAUAUCUGUAAAUAUUAAAACAUUGCAUAGGAACAGACCUUUUAGUUAAAAGUAUUACCUAAAUGGUAUAGCUCUAAAAUUUGGAAAAAGUAUUGCAUAUGUCUAUACACAACAGAGAGAUUUUUCUAAACUUAUUCCUAUAGAACCUAAACUAUUUGGUUUCUCAGGCAAAAUAAUACAAAUUUAUCCUAUAUUUAGCUACACCAAACUUAUACAGGUAGAUAUAGAGGUGUAUAUACACAUAUGUAUAUAUGCAUUUAUAUCUAUCUGAACAUUAGUAUAUAUAUACAUUAUAUACAUACAUUCUGAUUGGAGGGAAUCUAUAUGUGUGGCUAUAUGUGUGGGUAUGUAUAUAUAUACAUACACACUCUACAUGUGUGUAUAUGUACUAUACAUUGUACUAUAUAGCACUACUCUGUGUACACACAUUAAUAUAUGUGUGUACCUGGAUGUGUAUGCAGUGAAGUAAUAUGCUAGAUCUGAAAGUCAGGAAGACUGAUGAUCUCAAUAAGCUGGAGACGGAAAUGACAAACCACUUCAUUAUCUUUGCCAAGAAAACUCCAAAUAGAUUCAUGAAGAGUUAGAUAUCAUUGAAAAACUAAACAUUUGCAUGUAUUUAUACACACAUAUAUAAACAAACACAUAUACACAAAUAUAUAUAUAUAUAUAUACACACACAUACAGAUUUUCCUUCCAAUUUCAUUUGGAGAUAUGACAGUAUGAUACAGUAUGCUUCAAAUUGUAAAAUAACUACAGAAUGAUUAGAAUGAUUUACUGUGGGAAACUGAAGGAUAUAAGAAAAAGCCACACUGAAUAAUGACCAACGAAUGAUGAAUAUGGAGCCAUUCAUCAAAGAAAUAAUUAUUUUGGAUAGACUCAAAAUUAAUAAAAGUUAGGAUACAGUGAUUUAAUGAAAUGAAAAAAAAUAAGAAUAUUACAACUACAAAUGACUCUACAACCAUUUAAGAUAAAACCGACAGGUCUAAUCUACAAAUAGAUCCAAAACUAUCCCAACCAUUAUGUUCAAUUUUUCUUUGUCUAAAACAUUUCUGAAAUUUCUUUUUAUGAAAAAGAACUAGACUAAGGAUAUUUAAUCACAAAGCAAAUGAUAUAUUUGUGUCACUGAUUUGAUGUUACUGAUUUUUGUGUCACUGAUGUUACUGAUUUGUAAUGCUAAUAUUCCAUAUAAUAGUAAACAGAAAAAUGAUAAUUGGCAUUUUGUUUUUAAUAUUCUUAGUUUAACUGAUAGGUAGUUUAAAAAAUAAAUGAAAACUAGAGUAUGUUAGUUCUUAAUUGUAAAUGUUGUAGGGAAAGGUUUUUUAUUUUAUACUGAGGAAUCAAAUGUGGCUUUAAUUUUUUUUAUCUAAUGGGUUAGAUGAAGAUAUAUCAACUAAAGAGGUUUUGGACAAAGGUAUUAUGGACCACAUAUGUAUAUAUAUUUACAUACAUAUAUACACAUACAUAGAUCUCACACACAUACACACUCAUACACACAGCUAAAAAGUCAUGGAUUAAAGUAUAUUUUCUGAAUCAAGCAGCAAAAUUAAACAAAAAAAUUGUAUUAUUGGCCUUUUACACUUCAAAAAUCAUGUUUCUAAUCCAAAUAAAGUAGCAUUUUGGUAA